AUGGAAGUAAUCGCUCGAGUAAUUGAUAACUUUGGUUGUCAAUGCGCAUAUGGAUUAGAGGGAACAAAUUGUGAACAACUUUCUCGACGAAAACUUUUUACCGAUCAAUCAUGUGGCAUACAUAAUGAAGAGGAAGGCAUAAUUUCACUUAGCACAUAUCCGGAAGCUCGAACAGGUGCAAUAUUUUGUCAAUGGUUGAUAAAAAGCAAACCGGAAAAGACCAUCGAAUUUUACAUAAAUGAUUUGGAUUUGGAUGAUGAUAAUGUUCCACCGGAUCAACCAUGCAAUG